CUGAAUGCACGCUCAGUGUCUGAUGCUGUGUGACCUAUCCGAUCGUAACCCUAAGGGUCCUUGUUGACUACAAUAUUCUUAAUAUAUCUUUUCGUCCAACCGGAUCUUGACAUUUCGACAGCAAUGUAAAUUUAAGGGCACGUUAAUUGUGCGUUAUCUCUGCGCGGGUUUUUGACCGGAAGACUUCGCGUCAGGUGCUGCUGUUGAAGUAAUGAAGAGGUGAAUCCUCAGUUUUGGGACCUUCUUGCUCACUGGCAUACGACCGAUCAGCGCUUCUUUUCUAUGGCGUUUAUUAAUCAUUCCAGUAACUUAUGUGCCGUAUGGCAGACAUCAUGUCGCUUGGCAAGAAAUGAAUCCUGAUUCAGCGCGUGACACCCACAGAAUCGCUCGUCAGCCCGCGCGCGCGGGAGAACUUUGCUUCGCAAGUCUUGUAUGGAUACGGAACCCGCCGCACCGCCGCGCGCUGGAUCGACAACUUUCCUCAUAAACAACGUUAGCGUCCUUCCCAUGUCGUUACAAAUUCUUCUUGUCAUCGAUUAUCGUCGCUCUAAGUGGACGAGAAUGUUUCAGAGACUAUAUCUGCUCAAACUCGUGGAAAAUAUCAUUGGUAAGCGCUGAGGAGCGAAUUAAACUGCUGAUAAUAAAUGACUUUUAUGCUCUUCAGACUCGCGUCCUCGCCAGGUGGACUGUGAAGAGCCAGAAGAGGAAUGUUUAUCCGAAAUUUAUUGGGUUUUUGGUCGUUUUUGUUAAGUCGCUGCUUUUUUUCAAUAUUUCUUCCAUUUUUGCAGUUUGCAAAAGGAGAGCUCCAGAAAUCAUGUUCCCGAACCACAGUGUUGCCGUUGGAAGGGAGUUGCCAGUUGCCAUGCCAGUGUAGGCCCUACCCACCAUUACCACCUCCACCCCCUCCUCCGCCACCCCCAAGGCUACUGGCUCCAACUGUGGCUCCCUCCACUGUGUCCCCUAUAACACCCUGGAGAAGAGAGAUGGAGAUCUUGGUACUGGGGACAGUAAGCUGUGCAUCGGUGGUCUUCCUCCUCCUGACUGUCAUCAUUUGCUACAAGGCCAUCAAGAGGAAACCCCUUAGAAAAGAGGAGAACGGCACAAGCCGAGGGGAGUACGCCAUGAGCUCACGAUGUAAGCAGCAGGUGGAAACCAAUAACACUGGAGUAUAGUGGCCAUGCUAAAGUAAAGUAAGAAAUGCACAGAUGAAACUCUGUAUCCUACGGCACCACCAUCUCUCUGUUUAGGUUUAUGAGAUGGGGAAAAAGGUAUGAAGCUGAAUUUUAGAAACUGAAACCACGUGGUUGCCCUUCUGGGGAUAUAAUAAUAUGUUUAACAAGAGACUACUAAAUAAAGUAAGUAUAUAAGUAAAUAGAUAAUGACUGGUGUGUGUAAGCAAGUAUAUGCAAGGUUUAGGGAGACACUCAGACUUAAAGAUGCUGACAGUAAGAAGAGUAUCACAAGACUCAGACUGUCAUGCCCCAGAGGCUCCUCUGAGGACAAUAUACGACACCAACAACAAAAUGAAACGCAUGCACUUUCUGUUGAAUGCAGUGAUGUUUUCCUGUCUUAAACUUAGUCUCUACAAUGUCCCUCGUUAUAAAUAAAUGGUUUCCUCACUUCGUGUACAUGUAUUGGCCCGUAAACAUAUUGUUAGAGGAUCCAAAUGGAUUGGCUCAUCCUGCUUUUUGUGUACCAAAUAUAAAUGACACGUUAUGCCUGAAAUUGCCCCCAAUUAUUUUUGCUUUAUAAUGUGUUACUAUGCAAUUGAAAAGGACUGACAUUUUGGGUUGCAUGUUGUCAAUACAAAGGUAUAAGGCUAGCACUAACAUUGCUAAAUGUUAGUGGUGAUUUUAGUCUGAUCGUUCUAUACGUACAUAUAAUGUAUAUGUAUAUUUUAGGAGCCUAAAUUACGGUGAUGGUGUAGUUUACAUGUAACCCCUCGUUCAGACAGCCAGUGACGUUAUCGCAGUGUGUCGCUCGUCUCUUUCAAUGAGGCGUUUCUAAAUCUGCUUGUCAUAAACAAAUGAGUACCAUCCACGCCAGUAACUGACGAGAGAAGGGUGAUGUGAACUCCACUGCUUUGUUCUCAGUGGUAGUUGCUCCCGAAAUUUGCUCGACAUCUGCAUAAAGUUAAACUUUUCUUAACUUUCUUGCGUUGCUGGACACGCCCAUACGGUCGCCAACGGUCACUUUCGCUCGUGUCGCCGGAAGUCGCCCGGUUUCCAUUGAAAUGAAUGAGAUCACGUCGCUCUGCUACUGCUGGUUGUUUGCUGUCUGAAUGGGGCGUGAGAGACAACAUUAUACAUACAUUCAAACAAAACAACAUGGAAUGUUUAUUAAUAGUCAACUUUGUGUUAUGCUAUUAUGUUAUUUAUGUUAUAUUUAUUAAAAAUGAACAGUGUUGGGGAAAGUUACUUUUAAAAGUAAUGCAUUACAAUAUUAAGUUACUCCCAAAAAAAGUAACUGUAAUGCUUUCGUUACUUUUUAGUUACUUUUGCGUUACUUUUUCUUGGCUAAGGCUGGAUCGCUUUCAGGCCCUGCAGGUGUUUUUUAUUACUGAAAAGUUCUGCAUUCAGAAAUUACAUAUUUCAUCACCAAAAUGUUGAGCUCUGGCCUGCCAUCUCAGUUUCUGACUCAAACUGUUCCCACACAGGUGUGUAUGCAUAAAGUGCAUAAUGUGACUACGUUUAGUUUAAUUCAGUACAUAAUUUUUUUAUCAAAUUAAUUAAACUAAAAAAGUAACUUGCAUUACUUUUUAAAAAAGUAACUCACAUAUUAAUGUCUACAUUUAAAAAGUAAUGCGUUUCUUUACUCGUUACUUCAGAAAAGUAAUAUUAUUACGUAAUGCACGUUACUUGUAAUGCGUAACCCCCAACACUGAAAAUGAAUAGAUACCCUUGAGGUGACCUUGCUGUGGCUGGCCAGUUCCCUACAGAUUCAAAUUAUAUCCAUAAUGUUAAACCUAUUAGUCAAGAAAAUGAAACAAUAAGUUGAAAGUGAACAUUAUGUACUGUGCAAUUGUUUUAGAUUUUAACAAAGCAAUGGAAGUACAUGCUUUUUUAAGAUGCCAGCCCAGAAAGCAUGCAAACCAUUGAAACAAUGUUAAAAACAGUUGAUUUGUCAAUGUUAACUGCAUUGAAUCAAUAUCAGGUUUGCACCCUCCAUUAAUAUUGCAAAAAUAUAGAAAUUUCAACAAAUCACCAUUAUUGUGAUCAGUGUUUGCUUUAGUUGGGUCAUUGACUCUUGACAUUAACUAAGUUAAUUUUUUAUUUUCUUGUUUUAGUGUUUGUAUGUGUUUAUGUGGAAACACAUGUGCAUUGGUAAAGAAAGAUGUGUUUUAAAGUUAAGUUGAAACUGAUUGCUUUUUGUGAAGAUGUCAAGAUUAUAUAAAAUUAAGCUGCUUUACAUGAUUAUGUUGAUCCAUUUUUGACAUUUAUAAUUGUUUUGGUUUGUAAAUACACUGUGACGAGACAAACAGAAAAAUUGCUGACACAUUCAGACAUCAUUACUCAUCCUACAAAUCUUAACAAUGGUGACAAUCAUCAAACAAAUUCAUAUAAAACGAUCAACUGCAAUGCAUGCUGGGAGUCAUAAAUUAGUUUAGCACUACGAUGAUACCCAGCAUACAUUGCAGCAUGAAGCUUUCUUUUGUUGAUCGUCACCAUUGAUGAGAUUCGUAGACCGAUUCAUGAUGUCAGAGAUAGAUUCAGUAGUUUAACUUUUUAAAUGUGUUUUUGUAAUUCUCAAAAUAACAGACCUGACACUGUUUCCAACUAGUACUUUAAAAUCCAUUUUUUGCAUAACUUUAACAGUAUUUCAUUCAUAUUACUUAGGUAUAUCUACAAGAAUUAAACUACUUGAUAACAUUAGAUCUUUGUUUUGUUUUCUUUGCAAUAGCAGAUGUUUUUUAAAGGGGCGGUGAAUUUGUCGAUUUUAUUGUUUUAUACUGUUGCCUGAUGUCUACUUCUGAUGUCCGCGUGGUUUUUACAUUCAAAAACAUCAAAAACAAUAAGUAAUAGGCUAUUUUGUAACAUAGAUUAGUGGCUGUCUGGAGAAAUGGUUCGUUUGAAGGGGCGGGCCGCAUUGAAGACCUGGACGUAAACACCCACUGCUAUGAUUGGACGGCUUCAUUCCCCGUCAUUACAUG